AUGGCAGCAGACACCACAACCCGCAACACAGUCACUUCCCUCCUAAACUACGACGUCUCCGACAACGACGAUGACCCCUUCCGCGAAAUCGACACCACCCUGUACGACCCGACCAAUAAAUCCAAUGGCACCAAACGCAAAGCCACCGGCACAGACAAUAAAGAGAAUACCGACUUACUCGGCCUAGACGAAGAAGUCAAAAUCGUCAAGAAGCGCAAACCCGUCGCCAAACUCGACGAAGCCCGACUCUUAUCCCAACCGGGUAUACCGAAGCUACGCGCGCUCGCCCGCUCGGGUUCAAUCGCCUCGAAGCUACGGCUGAAGGGGAAAGGACAUGAAUACUCCGAUGCUGCCAAGCUGUUGGGUUAUUACCAGUUAUGGUUGGAUAAUCUGUAUCCAAAGGCGAAGUUUGCAGAUGGGUUGCAGCUUGUGGAGAAGGUGGGGCAUGGGAAGAUGAUGCAGGCUAUGAGGAAAGAGUGGAUUGAUGAGGGGAAGCCGGGUCAUGGGACGGGUGUGGAGGAUAGACAGACUUCAGGGACGGAUGGAAAGCAGAAUGCGAUGGAGAGGACGGCUGGUGCAGAACAUUACCAAUCCUCUGACAAGAAGCUCCAGACAACAUCGAAGCACAAUACGCAAGACUCGAUAUUUGGUGAUCUAGAAGAAGGCGGUGAGGAUGAUCUAUUCUUCAAUGAUCCCAAGAUCAGGACUACCACCCAGGACGACGAAGUGAAUGAACCAGACGAGGACGAGCUCGACGCAUUACUUGCCGAACAAUCGCAGACCAGAGACUCACAACCACAUCAGCAGCAGCAGCAGCAGCAGCACGCAUCAACCGCGGACGAAGAUGAUGAUCUUGAUGCUUUAAUGGCCGAACAGCCUGUGUGGAAUAUGCCUGGACAAGGACCGACAGAAAUGCAGCAGCAGAACGGUUCACCCCCAGGCGACGAUGAGCUCGAUGCGUUGCUGGCGGAGAACGAAAUUACACAACAGCCACAGGCAGAGAAAACGUUGCACGGACGCGGCACCCGUCCAAUCGAAGAGUACUAG